GAGAGAGAGAGACAGAGAGAGCUACCAGAGAGAGAGAGAGAGACAGACAGAAGAGAUUAGGUGGGUAUAAUGGAAAAAAGCUGUCACUCAUCUGGUGGUGAGUCCACCAGCAGCAACAGCAGAAGCAGCAACUUCCACCAGCAGAACAACAACAACACCACUACCAACGACAGUAAUAGCAGAGAUCAGUAUCUCAAGCACCUCAAUAAGAUCUCUCACAAGAUAUCUAAAGAUUCAAGACCCCCACCCAUCAGGAAAUACCCUGUUGACAACCUUCGUCAAAAUCCACAGCAGCAACAUCAGCAACAAUCACAGCAGCAGCAGCAUCAGCAAAGUCAGCAGCAACCACAGCAGCAGCAGCAACAACAGCAUCAGCCUCCAGUGUAUAACAUCAACAAAAACGAUUUCAGAGACGUGGUUCAGAAGCUCACUGGUUCCCCUGCUCAUGAACGAAGCUUCUCUACACCCCCACCCAUCCACCCUCCUAAACCCCCAAGCUCUCGUCUCCAGCGUAUUCGUCCACCACCACUUGCCCACCUCAGCCCUCGACCCCCACUUCCCCUUACCACCACAAAUCUUCCUCCCACCACCACCACCACCGCUGGCGUUCUCACAAACAACGCUGCCAACAUCAACUGCACCGGAAACUUUGUUGGCAACAACAAUGGACGGUCGGUGUCUCCUUUAUCGCCUCUUCCUCCUUUCCCAUCCGUUCAUGCCACUGCGGAAUCACCCAUCUCCGCCUACAUGAGGUACCUCCAGAGCUCCAUCCCGACCGUCGAUUACGAUUCCAAGCGAUUCUCUUCCGGGUUUUCGCCGCUGGUGUCUCCACGGUGGAAUAACCCUAACUCGUUUCAGCCUCUGGUGUCGCCUCGGUGGAACAACAGCAUCAACAACCCUGGCCCAUUACAACCGCCACCACCUCUGCCGCAGCCUCAGCAGGUUCUUCCUUCGCCCACAGCGGCUAUGUCUCCAUCACAGUUUCUGAUUCCUUCGUCGCCUAUGUCGUUUGGGAAACUUCCGUCGCCUCGGUCGCCGUACCCUCUGCUCUCGCCGACGUUUCUGUUCUCGCCUACUGCGGGUCAAUUAGGGUUUCCUCAGUUCCCUCCGUCACCAAGGUUUCCCGUGCCUAGUCCAAGGUGGAGAGAUCUAUGAGGUUCAGUAAGUCACAAAGCAGAGAAGGUAAGCCUUCUUUGCUUGCUGGAGCUCAAGUCAGGGUUUUUUUAUUCUUAAUUUUUUUAACUAUUACUGUACAUUUUGGUUGGGAAGGAAGAAAUUGUUAUUCAAAUCGCCAGUAGUCGGGAGCAAGGAGAUCUGACACUGGUUAAAAAUUUGAACUUUUUUCUGUAAAUGAAUCUGAGAGACGUAGAAAACCAUAUUUGUUCUUCU